UAUGUAAGCUGGGCUUCUUCCCUCAUGCUGCUGCCAGAGACUACAGGCUAGCGCUCUAAUUAGCUUAGCCGCCUCACCUUCCCUAACCGCCAUGGGCAACAGGAUCACCCGGGGAAACUUCGAGUGGGUUUACACGGAUCAGCCCCAUACCCAGCGACGCAAGGAGAUUUUGGCUAAGUAUCCAGCCAUCAAAUCACUAAUGGGUCCAGAUCCACACUUGAAAUGGAUUGUGUCCUGCCUGGUGCUGACCCAGUUCUGCGCUUGUUACCUGGUCAAAGACUUGUCUUGGCGAUGGGUCUUCUUCUGGGCCUAUGCCUUUGGGGGCUGUGUGAACCACUCCUUGACCCUGGCCAUCCACGACAUCUCCCAUAACGUGGCCUUUGGCAACAAAUUUAUUCAGUGGAACCGUUGGUUUGCAAUCUUCGCCAACCUUCCCAUUGGCAUGCCGUACUCCGCUUCCUUCAAGAAAUAUCACGUCGAUCACCACCGUUACCUGGGCGGUGACAAACUAGAUGUGGACAUCCCCACAGACUUCGAGUGUUGGUUCUUCUGCACUCCAAUGAGGAAGCUCCUCUGGCUCUUCUUACAACCAGUGUUUUAUGCCUUUCGACCACUCUUUGUAAACCCCAUGGCUAUUACACGGAUGGAGAUCUACAAUGUCCUGACCCAGCUUGCAGUCAAUGUUACCAUCUAUAUUCUAUGGGGGUUGAAGCCAAUUGUAUACUUUAUUGCAGGCACUUUCCUCUGUACAGGAAUACAUCCCUUUUCUGGGCACUUCAUUGCUGAGCACUAUCUGUACCUGAAGGGCUAUGAGACCUAUUCAUACUAUGGGCCCCUCAACUGGAUGACCUUUAAUGUGGGCUACCACAUGGAGCACCAUGACUUUCCCAGUAUCUCGGGUUUUAAGCUGCCCAUGGUGCGGAAAAUUGCCCCCGAGUAUUACGACAACCUCCCCCAGCACCAUUCCUGGGUCCAAGUUCUCUGGGACUUUAUCUUCAAAGACACCAUGGGGCCUGCCUCAAGGACAAAGAGGGUCUACAAGAAGGACUUGAAAGCCUUCUAACCUGACUUCCGUUCAACUGAUGGGGCUAGCUUGGGCCAGAUUUGGGGAUCCGACUUGCUUGGAAAAAAAAGGUUGGCCCAGAAGUCCUCAAUGUGAACUGCAGAACCUGAGUUGGUUUUCUGAAAUGGCCAAAAUAUUGAAAGUCCUUCUUUAAAUAGAGCAGAAACAACAAACCCCACCCACGUUUGUCCUGCCUCCAGGAAGCUCCCAUGAUACUCAGAGCAGGGGGCCAGAUACCAUGACUUGCUGGAUUUUUGGCUUCAGUCCUGAGAAACAGGAGAGCAGAAAACCAGAAUUCUCCCUUUGCCCUGAUGUAACAGCAAAAAACCUUUAGUUCUGAGUUAGAAGAUCUGGGUUUGAAUCCUAGCUCUUCUACUUUUACUGUUCCUUGGGCAGAUCCAUUCACUUCACUGGAACAGAGGUUGUUCUGGGAAAGUUGGGACUGGGCACGUGAUCCCAAAGGGUUCCCUCCAGUGCCCAAUUCUGUGAUCCAGUAUCCUGAAGGUGGCAGGGAGGAGGAGGACGAGGGAUAGGAUGUUAACUUUCCUCAGGAGUGGUCUGGUGCUCCUUGCUAAAGGACCCCAAGGGUGGUCCUUAUACUUCUCUCAGAUUAUUCAUAUUUUCUGUAUCAUGCAAAUGUGGGUCCAUGCAGAAGAACUGGUUCUUCAGCAUUUUCAUCCUCUCAGUGCCCUUUGGCUCCUGAGCACAUGCCACAGCUGGUCUCUAGGGCAGAAAAUUAGUGUUGGAAGGAACCUUAGAUAAAUCCAGUACAGGAUCUCAGAGCCACUGCUGGGGAAGGGGGUGGGGAGAAGGGCUUAGAGAUAAUCGAGGUCUUAUUUUUUCAAUGAAGAAACAAAGGCCCAGAGAGUGGCAAUAAACCCACUCUACUGGCAGAUCUGGCACCAGAAUACCCCCAAUCCCUUGCCAUCAUUUUUCUACUUUUAUCACACUGCAUCCUGAGGGUAUCUUCAUUUGAAGAGGGGCAUUUUUUUUUUAAAGACAGACUCCAAGGAAUGAAGUUAUAAUGGCCAUGUAACGGGCACUCAGUGGAAAAGGGAGAGACAUAUUUGAGUCAGGGUGCCCUGUUCCUGCUCAUGUCAUUCCAGUCAUUUACUAUAACCUGUGGCUCCUCAGGCUGGUGGAUAUGGCUCUACCUAGGCCACUCAUGGAUGGCUGGGUGGUCAGACAUUAGCCCACUUCUUGGGACAAAGGCUUCUUUGCACCCCAACCCCUGUGAAUGAGUCCCCUGACAAGUCAGUUUCUCUGUGAAAGAACCCUGGGCAAGAUCGUGGUAAGUCCAGUGAAAGGUGAUGUAGACAGAGCUCUGGGUUCCUACACUGCUGCCAGAACCUUGUGUGACCUUGAACAAGUAAUUUACCCUCUUUGAGUCUCAAGGUUAAGUGAUUGGAAUGGAUGAUCUCUAAGGUCCCCUUUUCAGCACUGACAUCCUAUGGCUACCUUAAGCAUUCUGGUUCUUUGAUGACUGAAUUCUUGAAACUCUGAAGUAGGGCAGCUUCUCCUCUUUCUCCCAAUAUUUCCAAGGAUUUCUAAACAGUCUAUUAUGAUUUAUGGAAGGAGGAAGCAGCUCUCCUUAGCUGAAGACCAACUGCUUAGAAGGGUCCAUUGCUGAUCCACGUUGAAGGGGAGAGCAACAUGGGAAGCAUCGUUCUUGAGCAGAUCUAACACCUGGCCAGAUUGGGGCCUGCUGAGAUAGUGGGGCAAGAAGGUUGUCCUUCAUUAGCAUUAUGAGACCGGACUCCUCUAAUAGAUCAUUAGCUUCUUACUGUCCUCUUCCCCUACCACCAACUGUACACUGGCCACUGCUAUGGCAUAGGAAGCAUGGGAUUCCAUGACCCAGAGAGCUGUAAAUCUGAGCCCAAGAUCCAACUCUUCCCCUUUGCUCCCCAAAGGGCGCUACUGUGACACCUGAAGAAACAGCCUUCGAGAUGGAAUUUGUAUUCUUAUGGUCAUGUUCCAAUCUUCCUGUUGAAAUGUCCUCAGUCAGAAAAGGUCAUUAUACUCAGAGGCAAGGGACCUUGGUUUGAAUCUUGGAUCUGCCACCAAUAUGCUGGGUGACUGAAUGAGUCAGUUCCAACCUCUAAAUCUCUUCAGUAAGUGCCUUAUUAACUCUGACAUUCUACAUUCCGUGAGUCCAAGCUCCCUUCCAGCUUUGAUAUUUUAUGAGUCUAAUGUUCUCUUUUAUGUUUAUAUAUUACAUUAUGCUUUUCAAAGCAACUUCCAGAAAUUCUCUGAAGCUCAUUCUCAGGGUCACCAGCUAGGAAGAGGUAGGAAAAAUAUUAACAAAUUGGCCUAUGGGCCAUACCACUGGAUACUUCGUCUGGCCUGUGAGGCCUUUAACCAAAGUUGUCCUGUGAGAAACAAAUGCAAUAAAUGUUUGGAACUCCUGUGUUUCUGAAAUUUAUCUGGACUUAAAAUAAAAUAAUUAAAUCCAGUCUUGGACUUUCAAUUCCUGUGGGAUAUGCUUAUAAGGUGGGCAUGGGAUGGGGAGGGGGUGGCCUUGAAACUUUGUUUCCAACCUAAGCUGAACAACUAUGGGCCUUGUGUCCUUCUCUGGGUCUAGACUCCUCCCAUUGUUCUCCUCCUGCUCUACAUUCCAGAAGGAGAUGGGAGUAGAGAUAGGGAGGGUCCUGUGUAAGAAUUUAUUACUAACAGCACCAUAAAAAUUUAGGAGGAGACCACACCUCUACCCUUUUCUACCAAAUACAACUGGAUGACCUGGUGUUGAUCCAACAGUCAACCCAAGAAGAAUCAGGAACACAUGUUUGUAUCAUU